AUGAGACUGGUCGGGAGAGCUUCUUUUGGAGCUACUGUUCUUACUGGGCGGGAUGAAGGAGGAAGAACUUGUUCCAACGGUUUGCCUGUUGUUCCGGCUUCUGUUAGGAUGCUGGGUCGCUUCCAAAUUUUGAAAAACUUGGAUCAUCCUGGCCUGUGCCACUAUAUAGAGCUCAUUCGUUGCAGCCUCGCGCAAAACUCAGCAAUACUGAUAUCGGAACACUUCGAGCAAUCAUUGAGAGAUAUCAUUCCACAAAUUAGGUCCGAUUCUCUCACAAAUAUAGUUGUUCAAGUUAUAUCUGCGCUCAAAUAUCUUCAUGAUCACCACAUUUGUUCAGGGAUUUUACGCCCAAACACGGUGUUAUGCUUCGAAAAUAAAUCAAACUAUAAUACACGUCUAUCCCAAUAUGGAAUUUGUCACGUAACGGAUGACGGGGUGGAUAUGAUUGAUCCCCUCUAUAUGGAACAUGGGAUAUCACCCGAGCAACUGUUGAGACAGCGAACAUCAAAAGCUUAUACAACUUUCAAAACUGACAUAUGGGCGCUAGGAAUCCUUUUGUUAGAAUUAUCAACAGGCGUCUUAUUAGAGAAAGUUUGGUCAAUUAAUCAGUAUCUAGCCGUUUUGGAAACAGCUCUGAUCUCCAGUCCUGUUAGUUUAUAUCCGAAGCUUCUUGAGACGCUCAAAAACUCGUCCAAAGAACCAAUUCACGAACCGAGUCUUGAACUGGCUGAGAUAAUCAAAAAGUGUCUUUGUCUGUUACCUUCGCAGCGUCCAACAGCCCACGAGUUGUUUAUUGAAUUGAUGAGUUUGGAGAAAGGUCAUUCUGCAUAUACCGAUGUUGAAAGCAUUGAAGAGAUGACUGAAAGAGUGAACAUAGGAGGAAAUGAUUGGAAGCUCACGGAACUUAGACUUGAUGAAGCCUUUUUUCUGUGGAAACUAUGUGGCGGUUCGCCUGAAAAUAUUUUAGUCAAGAGCGGAGUGAUAAAGCUCCAAUUCCCAAUCAACACGCUUCCUUUAUUAGUUGUUGAAGAUGCUCGGCUAUUUGGUAAUGAGGAUGGCAGAAGUUUUCGCAUCAAAUGUAACACUUUCUCCUUGCCAUUGAAGAAUUUGAAAGAGAAGUUGUUGAAUAUGGAUGAUGAUGUGUUCCUGCAUUCUGUGGAGUUAGACGGCAUACCUGAACAGUUCUCUUCUCUAAGUAUCAUAGUUAAGGAAAAAGAUGUCACUUAUCAGGUAGAGAAAAUGAGUACGCACUUAAUUGAAGGACGUUUCUAUCAUAACUUGUUAUCCCUUGCCGUGAGAGGGGAUAUUCCUCCUCUAGUUCGAGGAGCAGUAUGGUCUUGCCUUUUGAAAUUCAAAGAAAGCUACCGUAUACAGUUCUUUAUGUUGAACACUUUGAAGCCUCAUGCAAGUGACCGCCAGUUAGACGUUGAUAUACCUCGAUGUCACCAAUACGAAGAAUUAAUGACAUCCCCGGCUGCACAUGCUCAACUACGAAGAAUAAUCAAGGGUUGGUUACUUUCACAUUCUCAGUACGUCUAUUGGCAAGGCUGUGAUAGUUUGGCAGCUCCGUUUCUCUUACUUAACUUCAACGAUCCAGCUGUUGCUUUGAGUUGUAUGACGGCUUUCAUCCAAAAAUAUUUGAAAAACUUCUUUCUCAAAGAUAAUUCUGAUGUUAUACAAGAGUACCUGGCUGUUUUCAAUCAUUUGCUUGCAUAUUUACCAGGGAGUUCAAGAAUGGAUCAUUUCAGUGACGCUGACCACGGGAAGAAUCUAACUCGUGGAUAUGUUCGUCAAUUUUACAUCUCAGUCGAAAAAGAAGAAUUUAAGUUUGAUUGUUUGGUAGAUGUGUAUAGUACCGUCAACAUUACUCAAUGUAUUAUAUUCUGUAACUCAAUCAGUACUGCCGAGAGCCUAACUGACCAGUUGCGCAAGGCAAGUUUUACGGUUUCAUGCCUUCACGGAGACAUGGAGCAACAAAUGCGUACCGUUAUUAUGAGAGAGUUCCGUUCCGGAUCUUCCAGAGUUCUGGUCACAACCGAUUUUCUUGCUUGUGAUAUUGAUGACCAACAGGUCUCCUUAGUUAUCAACUAUGAUCUUCCUUCCAAUCUUGAAAAUUACAUUCAUCGUAUCGGUCGUUCUGGUCGUUUCGGUAGAGAAAGAGUUGCCAUCAACUUUGUUACUGAGAACGAUGCUCGUGCUUUGGGAGAAUUAGAAGUUUUCUACAAUACUGUUAUUGAGGAAAUGCCAGCCAGUAUCAUCGAUCUUCUCUAG